AUGGAGGGUUUUUCGUAUUCUCUUGCAUUUCCUCCCGAGAGAAAGGAUUCUAGCAUUAAUUCUAGCACGCCUCUGUUAUCGCCUAACUCUUCAAGCAUUAAAAGUGACCAUGCAGCUUCCUCGCUCCGUUGGAAAAUAUUAUUUGGCUUCUCACUUCUCUCGUUUUCGUCUGCCUGCCUAUGGAUCACAUUUGCUCCCUGCCUUUUUAUAUUCAUGUCACAUUACGGACACAUAACGCCCUCAUAUAUCAAUUCACUCUCGACCAUCUACAUGUUUAUAUACCCGUUUCUUUUGCUUCCUUCUAUAAAAAUUUUUGAUAUUUAUGGGUUACGAUACGGGGUACUCUUGGGAGCUUUCUUGAAUGCAUUCGGUGCAAUGCUACGGUUCCUUGGUGCAUUUGGACCCUCAGGAUUUUGGUGUCUGUUUAUGGGUCAGGCAUUCGCUGCUGCAGCAAACGUCUUUAUUAUUGGUGUUCCUCCGAAACUGGCCAAUCUCUGGUUUCAAAUUGGAGAACAGAACAUAGCAAUCUCAGUAGGUGUCGUGGCGAAUAAUGCGGGCAUCGCUGCUGGGUUCAUCUUAUCGCCUUAUAUGAUUAAAGAAGAGACUGCAAAAUCGGACAUACCCGAAUAUAUGUUAUUACAAUUCGGUGCGUGCGUUUUAAUCUACGCGUUUUUGGUAUUGACUUUUAAAUCUUUGCCAACUAACACAACUAAUAGUAGAGACGAUAUGCCUAGUAAGAACAGCAUUGUUAUAGAAGAAGAGAGACGUCCACAUCAGAUCAGGAUAACCUCAUCAUCUACCAUAAAAAUAUAUUUGACAAAUUUGCCAUUUCUUUUACUUUCGAUAUCGUUCGGAAUUAUAAUCGGUGCGCAAUACGCGGUCAGUACUUUACUUGCGCAGAUGGUUGUCCCGGUAUUUAGCACAUUUGAUGAAUCUCAAGUUGGUUUACUUGGUUUCUUAAUAGUGAUAGCCGGCAUAAUCGGAGCGUUACUAAUAGGAUUCUAUCUCGACUAUUCAUUCGCGUAUAGAAAUUCAUGUCGUUUUUUGUAUAUUAGUGCCACUAUUUCGUUGGCGUUAUUUAAUGUUGGACUGGGUUUUCAAUCUUUGAAAUUGGUAUUUCUGGGAAGCAUAUGCUUUGGAAUAUUUACUUUUGCAAUUACACCCGCAGUCUUUCAAUUCGUAACAACCAUUAAACUCUCCGAUAACCAGAUAAAAGACGAAAUCACCACCACCGGUAUUCUCAAUUCCGUGGUUCAAGUGUGGGGAAUCAUUUUGGUGGCAGUGAUGGAUGCAAUGGAGAACUAUAAUGAAAAGUUUACCAUGAGAAUAGCAAAUUGGGGUCUAUUUAUGGUAUUGAUUAUUGGGAUUUGGUUGUUAUGGUUAGUGGAAGGAGAGAAUGAAGAUCAUGACACUGGAACUGAUGAAGCGAAUCAUGCUUAA